GCGCUCCGGACUACUGCGGGGACCGUUCACUUCACAUUACAGGAUUGUAACUUACUAAAGAAAGAGUGAAAGCAACAUUGAGUCAUAAGAGAGCGAAGGUGCUUCUGGUGCUGUGUCUGUAGUGCACAUCUUUACCGGUGUGUUUUGGCGAGGCGUCUGUCGCUUCCGCUUUUCCGUCCAGCAGUUUGACUCCAAAAUUCAGCAGGAGUCAUAUUUUUGAUACUCUGUAAACUGUUUCACUGGACACCGAAAGGAACGAGGGGAUAUCAAUCGUUUAUUGUUCGUGUGAGUGAAUCCUACUCAUCCUAAGGCUGAUGUCCUCCAAGAGCAGCGUCUGAAACAUGGACGACCCUUUAAAGGUUGACUGAUUCCAGCUGACACCUUCAUAACUAUGCUGCGAGUCACUCGAGGCCUGAUGGCCACAGUAGCCACCAACAACCCGCCUAAUUCCACAACCCUGUUCAGGGAAUGAUCAAACCGUCCUGUCUAGGACAUACGCAUCAAUAGAUUUCUUACAUACAGGACGGCAGAUACCCCAAAUCUAAUGGCAUGGGCCAAGUUCUUCAGGAGACCAGGAGGCAAUCUUGCCAGGUCUUACCAGCCAGGAUCUAUGCUGUCCUUGGCCCCUACCAAGGGACUACUAAAUGAGCCGGGACAGAACAGCUGCUUUCUCAACAGUGCAGUGCAGGUUCUUUGGCAUCUUGAUAUCUUCAGACGGAGUCUUCGUCAGCUUCCAAACCACUACUGCUUGGGCGACUCCUGCAUCUUUUGCGCUUUGAAGGGAAUAUUCUGCCAGUUCCAGCACAGCCGAGAGCGAGCGUUACCCUCAGAUAACCUGCGUAAUGCCCUAGCCGAAACCUUUAAGGAUGAGCAGCGCUUUCAGUUAGGCUUCAUGGAUGAUGCUGCCGAGUGCUUCGAGAACAUUUUAGAAAGGAUUCACCUGCACAUCGCACCCGAUGCUGAGACUGACGCUUGCACAUCCAAGUCCUGUAUCACUCAUCAGAAGUUUGCUAUGGCAAUUUAUGAACAGUCUGUGUGUAGGAGUUGUGGCGCGUCGUCCGACCCGCUACCCUUCACUGAGCUUGUGCACUAUGUGUCCACCACAGCCCUCUGCCAGCAAGUCUUGGAGAGGAGAGAUGAAAGGUUUGGGGAGUUGCUUCAAGCCGCCAGCACAGUUGGAGAUCUGCGUAACUGUCCGAGUAACUGUGGGCAGAGAAUCAAGAUCCGGCGCGUGCUGAUGAAUUCUCCAGAAAUCGUGACCAUCGGCUUUGUGUGGGACUCAGAUCAGUCAGACCUCACUGAAGACGUCAUCCGAUCUCUCGGACCACACCUCAACCUCUCAGGGCUCUUUUACCGUGUCACAGAUGAGCGUGCAAAGAAGAGCGAGCUGCUGUUGGUGGGAAUGAUCUGUUACUCCAGCAGACAUUACUGUGCCUUCGCCUACCACACCAAAUCAUCCAAAUGGGUUUUCUUUGAUGAUGCCAAUGUCAAGGAGGUGGGAUCCAGAUGGAAAGAUGUGGUCACUAAAUGCAUCAAAGGUCACUUCCAGCCCUUGCUGUUGUUUUACUCUAACCCUGAUGGCAGUGCUGUGGUAACAGAUGAGGCCCAGCGGACCAACAGCAGUGCUACCCAAAAUAAGAGCUCAGUCAAUGGAGAAGCACCAGGAACUCCUAUACUGGGUGGAAAGAAGUUGGAGUUGACGCGAGAGAACUUGACUGCUUUCUUCUCAAAUCAUGGUACUCUGAAGCAGAAGACUCAGCCUCCCUCUGUGUUCAGUCGUAGCAGUAACCAGACCAGCGGCGGCAGAGGACCAGUGAAGAUGAGCUUUGAACCGAUUCAGAGUCGAUUCAGAGAGAUUUUGCGGGAGCUGCCGAAAGAAGGCCGUCCCAUCAACCUUAUUAAGAAGGACUCAGAUCGGUCACAGACAAGACCAGAAACACAGAGGCACCGGGACUCCCCAGACAAGCCUCAUUCCCGCUCGCUUUCACCUCCGGAGAACGGCUUCAAGCAUCUGGAGUCGCGGCUCUACAGCAGCCAGGGCAGGGGUCCGACAAAAGCCGAGCGCUGGCCUGUUACUAACACUCAGUACAACCACGAGCUACGCUCUCAGUCUCAGCCUCGCGUCCCGCUUCAUCCCCCGCUAGAGAGCCGCUCUCGGAGGCCGGAUGUGGCCAAUGGCUACGAUACGGACAGCAGUCAGGACUCUCGGACGUACGGAAACCCGCACAGUCGGCCGAUUCGAGCGUGGAGGCCGACGCGAGAGGCGCUUAACGUCGACAGCGUCAUAAACAGCGAUAAUAAUCAAAACUACCCCAACUCUCGCAGACAGACCUUUAAUCAGGACGGUGAAGAGUCUGCGUGGGGCCGACGAGAAGAACGCAAACCCAAGAGCUUGAUGACGAUUUACGAGGACGAGCAGCGGCAGGACAUGGGCAGCAGGAGCUCGCUGGAAUCAGAGGACAGGGUUAAAUCAAGCGUCAAUAACCUCACCAUUCAGACUGAUAACUGGAAAAUCCAGCGCACUGAAUCUGGAUACGAGAGCAGUGAUCGUCUCAGCAGCAGCUCAGCAAACCUGGACUCUCCUGUGGUGGAGAACUUGAGAAACAAAGAAAUGCAAUCCAUACCAGAACCAAACCUCUCCAGGGAGCCUAACUACCAAAGAAGGUACGAGGAUUCAAAGGCCGAGAUCUUAUCUUCGUCCAUUAUCUACAGUGACCACCAAAAGAGAACACAUGAUCAUCCCAUGAGUCCUGUUAUUCCAAGGAGACAAGCUUUUCGAUACAACCCUGCUAAGGAGAGGAUGGAGAAGAUUGAGGUAGAACGAGCACACGCGGUAAACGGGAACCCCAUCUCUCCUAAUUUCACCAAGACCAGCAGUUCAGAGUGGAACAGUUCUGAUGAUCUUGCCGGACCCUUUUCCGAGCAGGAGGAUUCUUCAUCACGAGCUGACGUUCCUCCUCCGGUUCCCUCUCGGACUCAGUCUCACGCCGCAGCUCCACCAGUGCCUCCCAAACCUCUCCUCCUGAGCUCAGAGAACCGGCGACGAGAUCCCCAUCCGCCCAGCCCUCGACGUCUUCCUCGAAACGGCUCGGCUCUGUCCCAAACCAUCCAGCAGAAGUGGCUGGAAAACUCGGACACGAGCUCCAAGUCUGGUUCCUCUGAUCAGGAGAGGAACGAUCUGUCAGCGAGUGAGGGUGAGGAGAGGUUCUCCAGCUUUCCCAAACCUGCGGUCAGCUCUCCUGUCAUCCCCAGCACGUACUUCUCCGUGGACGGCUGCAUGACGGACACGUACCGCGCCAAGUACCAUAAAAAGAGACCUGCUCUGUAUGUGGUGGCAGCUGGAGAUCACACCUCGUCUGGUGAAAGUGAUUAUGGGGAAAGACUGUCACCGGCUCCUUCAGAAACACACGGCAGAGCCACAGUGCUGCCAGUUCAUGCGUCCAGUAAUAAACCCACGGCUAAGUGGAACCCAGUUUCAGUGAAAGGACUAGAUGAGCACGGCUUUCUCUGACAGCAGAUCUCGUGCUAUCACGCUCGGCGGCCUUCUCCUGAAGACGUGUUUGUGUGGUAUGCAUUCAAACACAGUGCGUGGCAGUAUCAGGCUUUACAUUUGCACAUUUUUAAGCCAAAAGAGAACAAUAUUAUGUAACUUAAGACAAAAUUCCAAAACACUCCUUAGGCUUAAGAAUAUUUGAUGUAACUUAAGACUAAUAAAACUAACAAAAAAAUACGACUGAUUGUCCAAUGACACAGUUUGUCCUAAAAUACACCCUAUGUAUGAUAAAGUGCUUUAGUUGGUUUGGAGGGAUGUGUUUCUGUUCACUUCUGUUUUGAUUGUUUUGUGGAGGGAGGAGCUGCUAAAAGAGUUGAUUGUAUUUUCAGAAGGUGAAGCUGCUAAUUGUGAAACCGUUCCUGUGUUUAGUAAGAACUGCUUUUAAAAAGCAAAAUUAAGCUUGAUGUUUAAUGGCCUUUUUUGUUGGUUUAGGUGUGUGAUAUCUCUUUUUAUUAUUAUUGUUAUUAUUUAGUCCCUCAUCAAUAAUUAAAAAGGGCCGCUUUAAACGCUUUCACCCUUUUAUCAUGUUAAGAUCAGUUUUUCGACCAAUGUGCACAGAAAUUAUAGAGAAGACACUGGAGAUUUAAAUUGUUUGGUCAUUUGUAAGUAAAAAGUGGAAUUUGAUAUUAUUUGGGCGCAUCUAAACAUGUUUUCUUUUCAUAUUUGCAACAAGACAAGUUGUACAUGUUGUCGUCAUUUGUAUGAUGUUUUGUAUAUUGCUAGGCAGAACACUGAAUAGUGCCUUAUUUUGUAUGUAAAGAUGGGAUAAAGGUGUUUUUAUUUGUAAAAUGUUAACUUUCUAAAUUCUUUUAUAAUAUUGUAGUUCAUUUUGGUUAAGAACUUUUAAUAAACUGAUUUAUUUAA